CAAAAUGAAUCAUUGCCAACUACUACUGUGGCUGAUGGCUAGCCUAGCUCUGGCUGCUGGCCAGAGCGAAAAUGUGAUACUCGAGACCAUCAAUUUUCUGCGACGCGGCCAAUCGGAAGUGGAACUGGAGAACUAUGACAAUACCAUACAAAUGGAGAGCGAAUAUGAUUUUAUAGUCGUCGGCGCUGGCACGGCCGGCUGUGCGUUGGCCGCACGUCUCUCCGAGAACCCAAAGUGGAAGGUGCUGCUGCUGGAGGCGGGUGGACCGGAGCGCCUGGUCAUGGAUGUCCCGAUUGUGGCGCACUUCCUGCAGCUCGGCGAAAUGAACUGGAAAUAUCGCACACAACCCUCAGAUCACGCCUGCCUGGCGAUGAACAACAAUCGCUGCAACUGGCCGCGUGGCAAGGUGAUGGGUGGCAGCUCGGUUCUCAACUACAUGAUGUAUACGCGUGGCAAUCGCCGAGAUUACGAUCGUUGGGAAGCCCUGGGCAAUCCCGGCUGGAGCUGGAAGGAUGUGCUACCAUACUUUAAGAAAUACGAGGGCAGCAGCGUCCCAGAUGCCGAGCCAGACUUUGUGGGACGCGAUGGCCCCGUGAAAAUAAGCUAUGUCAACUGGCGCUCCAAGAUUUCGGAGGCCUUCGUUGACGCGGCGCAACAGGAUGGCUUGAAAUAUCGCGACUACAAUGGACGUAUUCAGAACGGCGUCGCCUUCCUGCACACAACCACACGCAACUCUACGCGCUGGAGCUCCAAUCGUGCCUACCUUUACCCACUCAAGGGCAAGCGCCCAAACCUGCACGUGAAGAAGAACGCGCUGGUCACCAAGGUGCUCAUUGAUCCGCAAACAAAGACUGCGUAUGGCAUCAUGGUGCAGACCGACGGACGCAUGCAGAAGGUGCUGGCUCGUAAGGAGGUGGUUGUCUCGGCGGGCGCCAUCAACACGCCCCAGUUGCUGAUGCUCUCGGGUGUGGGUCCCGCCAAGCAUCUGCGUGAGGUGGGCAUCAAGCCCAUUGCAGAUUUGGCUGUAGGCUACAAUCUGCAGGAUCAUACGGCUCCAGCGGUUACCUUUACAACGAAUGCAACAUCUCUGAAAUUCGAGGACUUUUCCGAUCCCACAUGGCUGACUCGCUUCAACCGUAGAGAAGGACCGUAUGGUUCGCCCGGCGGCUGUGAGGCCAUUGCCUUCUGGGAUUUGGAUCAUGAGCGCGACGAGGAUGGCUGGCCAGAUAUUGAACUGUUCUUGGUGGGCGGCUCCAUGUCCUCCAAUCCAGCCAUAUCGCGUGCCUUUGGCUUAAAGAAGUCCAUUUACGAUUCGUUGUUUGCAGAGAUUGAGGACAAGUCGCUGAACGCAUUCAUGAUCUUCCCCAUGAUACUACGACCGAAGAGUCGCGGUCGCAUCAUGCUCAAAAGCAGUGAUCCCUUCAAGUAUCCGCUGAUUCAUGCUAAUUACUUUGCCCAUCCCUACGACGUGGACAUCUCGGUGCGGGGCCUUCUUAAGGCCAUUAGCCUGAUGGAACAGCGGGGCAUGAAAGCCAUUGAAGCCAAACUGUGGGAACGUAAGAUUCCCACAUGCAAGCAGCAUCCCUACAAGAGCUGGGCCUACUGGGCCUGCUAUGUGCGACACUUCACUUUCACCAUUUAUCACUAUUCAGGCACCACCAAGAUGGGACCCAAGUCCGACCGAGCGGCCGUUGUAGAUGCCCGCCUGCGCGUGCACGGCAUACGCAACUUGCGUGUCGCAGAUGCCAGCAUCAUGCCCGAGAUCAUGUCCGGUCAUCCCAAUGGGCCGGUCUUCAUGAUCGCUGAGAAAGCCGCCGAUAUGAUCAAGCAGGACUAUGGCUAUAUCAAAUAA